AUGAAAGUCUCGGCUCUUCAGAUUGCCUUGCUCCAAGCAGCGACCACAGCUGCUGUAGCUGCAGGUCAUAACACCGCACCAACAGCAACCCUCGACUCAGGCCCAAUCUUUGGUGCUGCAACUCAGCUACCUGGUUUACCUGGGGCUGUCAAUAAGUUUCUGGGAAUACCAUAUGGAGAUAAGCCCGAACGGUUUGCGCUGUCCAAGAAGCCCAAGAAAUGGAAUUCUCCCAGGAACACGACAGCGUUUGGAGCGUCCUGCUACCAGCUUGUUGUGAAGUCGGACGUCGGGCCGGGAGAAGAUCUUCUAGACGGCUUAUUUAACCAACACCCGCCUCAAAGUGAGGACUGUCUGUUCAUGAAUGCAUUCGCUCCCACAACAGCUGGUCCUAAAGACGGCCGUCCCGUGGUUGUUUUCAUUCCUGGCGGCGCAUGGCAGAUGGGCAAUGGUCUGAUUGACCUGUCUGGGUUCGCUGGGUAUGAAGACAUUGUUGCAUUUGCAUUCAAUUACCGAACUAAUAUAUUCGGUUUCCCCAAUGCAGCAGAGCUUCCUGUGCAACAACGAAACCUCGGUCUAUACGACCAACAACUCGCCCUGCAAUGGGUACAACGAAACGCCAAAGCAUUUGGCGGUGACCCUUCCAAAGUCACCAUUUGGGGCGAGUCUGCGGGAUCGCUGUCUGUCGAUAUUCACCUGCACACGUACGCCAACGCCAACAAGCCCCCAUUUCGGGGUGCCAUCAUGUCCAGUGGUGAAUUCUCCUUCGGCCUGGUUGGCACGACAGUUAACCCCAAUGACACAAAAAAUUGGGAUAGCGUGAUCAAAGAAGCCGGAUGUAAAAGCACGAGCAAGAUUGACUGCCUGCGAAAAAUCCCCGCCAACAAGCUCGUCAACAUCACUGAAAAAGCCGGAGCCAGUUUCACGCCGGUCCAGGAUAAUAAGUCUGUUCCCGCCGCUCGAGCAGCAGCAUGGAGACAAGGUAAAGUUGCCAAAGUACCAGUACUAGCUGGCACGAUAGCACAAGAGGGUCGAGCACUGGUCAAUCACAACAUCUCCUUGGAUCGAUUCAACGAGGUGUAUCUGACGGAACCGUUCUUCAGCAAAGAGAAACGCGAUCAAAUCUACGCGCAUUACAAGAAACAGCCAGGGCUAAAGACGGACUUUGAUGUGGCUGCGGCUAUUUACACGGACUUUUUGUGGCAAUGCCCCAUGCAAAAGUUGACUAGCAUCUCUGCAUCCAUCAAGAACCCCACAUGGCGAUACUAUUUCAACAUCUCCAUGGUCGACAGACUGCCCAAGGAGUACGAUUAUCUAGGCAAGUUUCACGGCAGUGACUUGCUACUGCUCUUCCUGUCUCCCACAUACGACGACUCGACACCGGCUGGAGCACUGUUCACUCCUAUGCUUUCCGCAUUCACCAAUUACUUCCGAAGCGUUAUCGGUAGAUUUGUGCGUAAUCCAGGCAGUGGCCCAGGCUGGCCUUCAGUUGGUUCAUCUUUCAAGCCGUUUGAUUUGGUGACGCUUGGAGAUGUUGGUGAUGCGCAUGCAGCUGGUGCGACGCCAGUGAACCAGACCGUUGUGGAUGCCAACUGUGCAUUAUUCAAGGAUGCGUUGGACAUGUAUGAGAGAUAUGUGGGCUCGUAG